AUGUCGGCCAGUGACGAGUUAGCGAAUUUUAAACUUCAAUUAGAGCAGGUAGAAGCCGCCUUGCUAAAGGAUUCAAACAACGAGGAGCUGCUCAAGUUGAAAGGAGAUCUACAAGAAGUGAUCGCUCUGCAGAAGGAAAUCGUUGCCGCCGAACAAACCGAGCGAAAAGCUGAAGCCGAUCCCUCGUCUUCGGGUCGCGAAUGGAGGAUGGGCGAACGGGUGUUGGCCAAGGGAACAAACGGGCAAUACUACGCUGCGAUCAUUGACGGUAUUUCUGGAUCGACGGCUUCAGUGACUUUCCUCGGAAACAAGCAACAAGUUUUGGUGGAAUUAACAUCUCUUCGACCGGCUCCACACCAGGAAAAGAGCGUAUUCGAUAAUCGACGAGGUGGCCAAGCACCAGCGGGAGCGAAUCAAAAGGAAUGGCAGGCGGAAAGAGAGCGCAAGCGACUGAAGUCAUUGAAGAAGGACAUGAAACGAAAAGAAUUGGAUCAAGCCAAAGAAACCGAGAAGUCAAGUUGGCAUAAAUUUAACACCAAAGCCUCCUCGAAGGGGAUGAAAGGCGUGAAGAAAGUGGUGGGUAGCGCCGCGGCGGCCGAUGGACCCUCGGGAGUACGAUCAAAAGAUAUCAGCAGUCGAAUGGACCCUUACCUCUUCAAGCAAACAAGCCGCGGAAAUAUGGAUUCACUUUUC